GAGAGGCGGUCGUUUCCCAGCCCCCUCCUCACGUUACCCGGCCCCUGAAGAGUCACACAGGCGGAAGUGUGUGUUCACUUCUCUCAGGAUUAAAGGGAUCUUGGCCAGUUUCAACAGCACGCGUAACUGCAUGCUGUUUAUGUAAAAGAAAAAGGAGUAACGUUUGAAAAAAUGGAAAGAUACGAAACUUUUUUGAUCGAUGGGAUGAUUCCGUAGCAAUCUGUUGCGACGCAUUGUUCCUCCAAAGGGUUUGGUGAAAGAAAGAAAGGAGGGAGCGAGCGAACCAAUGGGAAAUCCUAAGCGCAGAGGGAUUUCUCCGUUUUUCGAAGAAGGAAGGAGCUGCUCGGUAAAUUACAUGUUUGUUCCCCGUCCUGUCUUGCAGUGAAUGAGGGGACUCGGCGGAGGAGCUGCGGUCUGAAAAAGGAGUCAACAGGGGGGAGAGAGAGAGGAAAAAAAAAAAAGAGGUGGGACGUUUAUAAACAGAAAAUCGAUCCCCAAGAACGGCGUGUGCAUGAUCACAUUACGGCCGAUCAAAUGCUUUAAUGAAUUGUUUAAUUGCUCUUGAGUCGACCUCGUCGUCGCUACUGCAGCUGCUUCUUUAUUUGACUUGCUGAGAAACGGGACCCGAUGGUGGAUUAAACGGAAACCUGCUGUAUUUCAUCCAGGAAAACUAAAAGCAACAACAACAAAAAAAAAAAUACAAAAUAGAAGAGAAAGGACCCUGAAUGAGAAGCUCUUUCGUCGUCAUGCGGUGGUGGGGGAGGAUCGGAGUUGGAACCUCGCAUCUGAUUUCUUGCUCCACAAAAUGUUACCGCGGUAUCCAGCGUAAUUAUAUGAGAGCAGUCGCAUAAGCAACGACAUGAUCGUAUCUGUGACUGAGAGAGAGGUUUGCACUUUUUUUUUAUUUUUCCCCCCUCUACCUUCACCCUUCUAAAUACGAGUUUUGAAAAGAAAAGAAAAAUCAAAGGGACUCCUACCUCAACCUGAGCACAGAACUAAAACGCUUUAACCGGCAAGGGGAAAAAAAGGAAAUCAUUAUUAGUUGUGAAAUCACGCGAUUUCAGUUGAUUUUUUUUUAAAUUGUUCUCAUUCAGUAUUCUUUAAUGAGCCUGUUUUCAUUUACUGCAGUGAUUGUUGCUGCUGUUUAUGCCGAUAUUCUGCAAAAGAAGACAUAGGCCCGUUUUGUCAAUGUUUUAAAAACGCACUAGAAAUCCAGCUGUCGUCUUUAAAUGCACACACCCAUACUUAUUUAUAUCUACAGGCCUGUCUCAAUGUAACGAUUUUUCCUUUUUCAUAUGUUACCCCCUCCCCACCCUUUCCAUUUGGAUUAGUUGCGUUGCAAAUGGCUUCAUUCCCCGAUUCCGAUCUGCAGACAUGCCCCCUCUGCAAGGAGAUUUGCGGAUCUUCGGCUCCGAUCUCUUCCAGCUCAUCUACCUCAUCGUCUUCAUCUCAGACCUCCAGCUCCUCUACCUCGUCCACCCGCCGGCUGCACGUCCUGCCUUGUCUUCAUGCCUUCUGCAGGCAGUGCCUGGAAGGGCAACGCAGCCCCGGAGACCCAUUGAAACUUCGCUGUCCAACGUGUGACCAGAAGGUCUCCAUCUCCGAAUCUGGAGUGGAGUCUCUUCCAUCGUCCAAUUUCCUAUUUAGCAACCUUUUAGACGUUGUUGUGUCCUCGGAGGAACAGAAUAAAAAUAACUGCAGGAGCAACAACCACUCCCAUGGGCUGCAUCGACCACACCACCAAGGGGAGCCCCAGUGCAGCUCCUGCGAUGAAGGUAACCCAGCUACCUCACACUGCCUGGACUGCCAGGAAUACCUCUGUGACAACUGUGUGCGGGCCCAUCAACGUGUCCGCCUGACCAAAGACCACUUUAUUGAGAGGUUUAUGGAGAGCCUACACCUAACUAGUCGGACCAAUAACUCCAGCACUCCUGUCAACAUCACCCAGACCUUUCACUCAAACUACCCUCUGCUUCCAGUUUUCCAGGAUCGCAUGAACUUCUGCCAGCAACACGAGAACGAGGUGUUUCGCUUCUUCUGUGACACAUGCUCUGUGCCUAUCUGCCGAGAGUGUAGCAUUGGAAGACACGUGGGGCAUAGUUUUAUCUACCUGCAAGAUGCCGUCCAAGACUCCAGGGCCAUUACUAUACAGCUACUGGCAGAUGCACAGCAGGGGCGCCAAGCAAUUCAGUUAAGCAUCGAAAAGGCCCAAGCUAUUGCUGAACAAGUUGAGAUCAAGGCACAACUAGUACAAACUGAAGUGAAAGCCGUCACAUCAAGACAUAAGAAGGCUCUGGAAGAACGUGAGUGUGAACUCCUAUGGAAGGUGGAGAAGAUACGCCAGGUUAAAGCCAAGUCACUCUAUCUACAAGUAGAGAAGCUGCAUCAAAACCUCAACAAACUGGACAGUACUAUCAGUGCUGUUCAACAAGUCCUAGAGGAAGGAAGAAAUAUGGAUAUUUUAAUAGCCCGAGAGCGCAUGUUGACCCAAAUCCAGGAGCUCAAGGCUUUGCGUGGUAUCUUACAACCUCAGGAGGAUGACCGCAUCAUGUUUACUCCUCCGGAUCAGGCACUUUUCAUUGCUAUUAAAUCCAUGGGACUUAUUAGCAGUGGUGCUUUUGCUCCGGUUACUAAAGCAGCUGGAGAGGGUCUGAAACGGGUACUGCAGGGAAAAGUGGCAACAUUUACGGUGAUAGGGUACGAUCAUGAUGGUGAGCCUAGGCUUUCUGGUGGGGAUGUAAUUUCUGUGGUGGCAAUUGGACCUGAUGGAAAUUUGUUUGGGGCUGAAGUCACUGAUCAUCAAAAUGGCACAUAUACGGUUAGCUACUUGCCAAAGGUUGAAGGUGAACAUCUUAUUUCUGUGCUUAUUUGCAACCAGCACAUUGAAGGAAGUCCUUUCAAGGUGCUUGUGAAGUCUGGACGAAGUUAUGGGGGAGUGGGUCUACCAGUGGCCUCUUUUGGAGGAGAAGGGGAUGGGGAUGGUAAACUCUGUCGGCCCUGGGGCAUCUGUGUUGACAAAGAAGGUUACAUCAUAGUAGCUGACCGUAGUAACAACCGCAUCCAGAUCUUUAAGCCAUGUGGUACAUUCCACCACAAGUUUGGGACCCUAGGCUCUAGACCUGGCCAGUUUGAUCGGCCAGCUGGUGUUGCUUGUGACAGUCAGAGAAGAAUCAUUGUGGCAGAUAAGGACAAUCAUCGUAUUCAGAUUUUCACUUUUGAAGGGCAGUUCCUGUUAAAAUUUGGGGAGAAGGGAACGAAGAAUGGACAGUUCAAUUACCCUUGGGAUGUUGCAGUAAAUGCAGAAGGCAAGAUCUUGGUAUCCGACACCCGUAACCACCGAAUCCAGCUGUUUGGGCCUGAUGGGUCUUUCUUAAAUAAAUAUGGCUUUGAAGGGGCACUGUGGAAACAUUUUGACUCUCCUCGCGGGGUAGCUUUCAACCACGAGGGCCACCUGGUUGUGACAGACUUCAACAAUCAUCGGCUGCUUGUCAUCAGGCCUGAUUGUCAGUCGGCUCGCUUUCUGGGCUCUGAGGGUACAGGCAAUGGGCAGUUCCUGAGGCCACAAGGGGUGGCAGUGGACCAGGAGGGCCGUAUUGUGGUGGCCGAUUCACGUAACCAUAGAGUACAGGUCUUUGAGCCCAAUGGCAAUUUCUUAUGCAAGUUUGGCACUCAGGGUAAUGGCUUUGGGCAGAUGGACCGUCCAUCGGGUAUAGCCAUUACACCUGAUGGAAUGAUUGUAGUCGUCGACUUUGGAAACAAUCGAAUUCUAGUAUUCUGAAAGCAUUGUCUCUAAUGUAGAAGGAGCGGUGAGAAGAGAAUCAAAAGAGAUUUUAAGAUACACCACGCAAGCCAGUCCUUUGUGAUAAAGGGGCAAUUACAAGAACAGUAAGUAAGGUUUCAUUAAGCACAGGAAUCGAACUGCUGCGUGCGUUUUUAAGCAGCUCUAGACCUCGGCCCCAAUGUUGAAAUUGUUUGGAAUAUAUUACUUACUCUAUAGCAGUGUUCUCAUGCCACAAGCUUGAUUUAGGAAAACACUUUUAUUCAAGGCCGCCUUUUUUUCUUCCACCAUUUGUUUUCCUUUGUUAGAGCUGCUAUUUCUACUCCGCAUACAGGAUCAGUGAAUUCAUAAUAAUUUGGCCUUCACUGUCUGUGCCUCUUGAAUGUGUUCCUUUUAACUGGCAUGUCUAGAAAGCCAGCAUGACUGUUGAAACCUUUUUGAAAUCGUGCUCCCAGAAAGCCUGCGUGGAUGAUCCCUCCAUGUGUAUCUUGAAUUCCCUUUUAGCUGAUCAUCUCAGGGAAUAUGUUGCGUUCUUUCUUGAAAUAUUUACACUCUGCAUCAUAUCUACCUCAUCUUGUUGUUCAUAUAUGAAUGUAUUUGUGUUUGUUGUGCAGAGAUUUAGUCCGUGAAGUUUUAUAUAAAGAAAAAAAAAACAAAAAAAAAAAUUCUACCUCAACCCUUUAUUUUAAUUUAAAAUGGAGAGAGAGAAAGGAGGAACAAGUGCAGUUUAUAUUUGCACAGCUCGCACAAAUUUUCUAUGUUACUGUGCACAAUAAGCAAUUUAAAAUACUGAAUGUUGCUGCGACAAUGUUCAGGUACUGAGGCUACAUGUUUAUUAUAGCAUGUGUGGAUAUAUUUUGAUGAAAUCUACUGUUUGGGUUUGUUUUAUUUUAUUUGUUUUGUCUGUCUGAUAACCAAAUAGAUGUUGACUACCGAAGCUACUUUAACAAAGUGGGACUUGUGUUGGAGUGAUUAUACGUUGACAUUAUUAUUAAGAGCAUGCAGAUCUACUGCUUGGAAGCCUGAAACAUUGAAAAAAAAUGUAAUUUUAAAAAUGACGUACCCUCUCCCCAGUCUUCAAACAAAAAAAGACAUUUUGAGUGUAUGGGAAUGAGAAGAAUAACCCUUUGUCAAUACUGAGAAAUGUAUUUAUCUGUUGCUUUAAAGUAGGAACCUUCUCUUCAAAUCCAGCACCAUUUUUUGAAAAAUGAUUCAGUAUGUGCAAGAUUGAGGGGCUAGUUUUGGUUGAUUUUUUUUUUUUGGGUGGGCAGUGUGCAGUCGUCAUUAUCAAUACAGUACUUGCAAUCUCAACCACCUCUUCCUCCUUACCUUUCUCUCAGAAUUCAAAUACUAAUGUAAGUAAAAAUGCAAAAUACAAAUUAACUUACUUGUACGAAACUGCCAAAACGAUCAUGUUGGGUGUCAUUUAUAAUGUGACUGUUUUAGAAUUAUCAGCCUUAGCAUCUGCCAAAAAUGAAACUGGAAAUAGUGACGGGGUUGUAAGAUGUGACUAAAGAAAUAUAUCUGAAAAAAACAUUUAAUUUAAGUGAAAGUCAUAUAUAUAUAUACAUCAUUCAAUUUAAUC